AUGAAUAAUAUUAUUAUUUUGAGUUUUUUAAUUAUAUUUUUGUCAAAAAAUGAUGCAACAUUUGAAAAAAUUUCUCGUCAGAAUUUUAUGAAUGAAUUUAAUAAAUUAGGGGAAACUUUAGAUUUAUAUAUUAAUCGAAAGGUGGAUAAUGACAGUAAAAUGAUAAUUACUAAUGAUAGAAUUGAAAAAUGUCAAAAAAUAAUUUCGACGUUUAAAAAAGAAGGAGAAGAAUAUUUAGUAAAGGAUAUUGAGAGAUCUGUUAUAUUAAUACAAGGUAUUCUCUUUUGUGCAAGAUAUUUGCAUGGUGCUUUGUGGAAAUAUUUUACAGACGGAAAGAAAGUAAAGGAAGAUGUAGAUAAUGAUUAUAUAUUUUUGCGCUCAAAAUUGAAGGAAGUAGGAUUAGAUGAUUUGAAGAAACAAAUAAUAGAUAAUGAAUUAAAAUUGAAAAAUUUAAAUGAAAAUGAAUUAGAAAAAAUUAUUGGAAAUGAAAUGGCUAAAGGAAAUAUUCAAUUAAUUAAUGACAAAUUAAUUUAUUGUCAAAUUAACCAGAAUGAUUUAAAAAUGGUUAAAUUUGGAGAAGCACUUCAACUUGUUGGGGAAGUAAUUAAUUUUUAUUUUGAGAAAGAACGUUUUCUUCCAACAAAAAAUGAUAUUCCUUUUUUUGAUGAAAUUAAUGAAUUGGAUAAAGAAUUGAAUAAAGAAAUGAAUGAAAUUGAACAAAAAAUAAAUGAAGAAAAAUUGGUUGAACAAAUUGAAGAGAUGAAAAUAGAGAAAAAUGAUAAAGAUAUUAAAAUGUUUGAAACAAUUAAUUCACAAAAUACGCAAUUCUUUAAUUUAGCAAAAUUAGCUAUUGAUGCUAACAUUUCCUUAUUAAAAUUCAUUUUGUCACCUAUAGAAGCAGAAAAUGAAGAAGAAUAUUUAGAGAGAGAAAUAAAUUUACAAAAUAAUUUUAUUUUACUUUUUGAAGAUUUAAAUAAUAAUUUUGGCUUAAAAAUUUUAAUUAAUAAUUAUUAUUUAAUACCUAAUGAAGAAUUAAAAAAUAAUAAUUUAUUUAAAUUAAUUUCAAAACUUUUAAAUUAUUUCUAUAAAAUUAAAAAUAAUAAAAAUAUUAAAAGAAAACAAAAAACUUGGAAACGAAAAAUAUUAAUUAAAAAAUUUCAAAAACUUGGGGAAAAUUCGUUAAAAAUUAGUGGAAAGUCAAUAAAAAGGAAAAGAAGUGAAUUGUGGAAGGAAGUGAAUCAAAAAAAUAAGAAAAGAAUUACAGCUAAUGAUUAUUUAAAACAAAGAGAAAAAGUUUUGAAUAUUUAA